AUGGUAAAAAGGUUCAUUCAUGCUUCGAAGAUAAGACAUGCAGCACGCAAAAGGAAGCAUCAUUCCAAGUAUAAAACCUUGCGAAGGCUAAUAGAGGAAAAUGCUUACAAGAUAGAGUCGUCAAAGCCGUUAAAUGGAAAACUUUUUAAGUACUGGAAAAAUAGACGUCGAUUGUUUUCAAAAAUAGAUUCGUCAUCGAUAUAUAUGACAGAUGAGCUUUGGUUCAGUGUAACGCCAGAAAGAAUUGCGUGUUUCUUGGCAAAUUUCGUCAAGGCAUGCAUACCAAACGGUGAGAAGAUAUUGGAUGUAUUUUGUGGGGGUGGUGGUAAUACUAUACAAUUUGCCAAGCAAUUCCCUUAUGUUUAUGGGGUGGAUUAUAGCAUCGAACACAUAUAUUGCACUGCGAAAAAUGCUCAAAGCUAUGGAGUGGAUGAUAGGAUAUGGCUGAAACAGGGAUCCUGGAAAAAACUAGUCUCUAAGGAAAAACUCUCCAAGAUAAAGUACGAUUGUGUAUUUGGAUCGCCGCCCUGGGGAGGCCCAGAGUACUUAAGAAGUGACGUUUAUGAUCUAGAGCUUCAUUUGAAACCUAUGGGGAUAACGAAAAUGCUAAAGAGCUUCCUUAAAUUAAGUCCUAAUGUGAUCAUGUUUUUGCCAAGGAAUUCAGACUUAGGACAGCUUUCUCGAGCCACGAGGAAAAUCCUGGGCCCAUUUGCCAAGUGUAAAGUACUAUAUGUUAAGGAAAAUGGAUAUAUGAAGGGAAUUUUUUGCAUGUGGGGGGAAUGCUUCUUUAAUUACGAACCUGGAACGCAAGGAAACAACGGAGUAGAGCUGUGUUCUGAAGACGAAAAACAGGAGAAAGGCGAAACUACUGUAGCAACCAAGGAUAAAAGUGUAGACAUUUACGACAUAAAUGGUUGA